AUGAAGGUGGACAAGCUGGCCUUCGUUAUGGUAUCCUACAGCUCGGCAGGAAAACACACUUUUGCAGCAAUGGCAGGUCAUCGCUGGAAAAUGUGGCUUCUUCCCAUUGUCCUCCUUUUCCUUCAGAUGGUGCAGGCAGUCACACCAAAUGCAUGCAAGGUCAACAACGGGAACUGUGAGCGGUUCUGCAAAACUGAAGAUGAAGUCCUAUGUUCCUGUGCUGCUGGCUAUGCCCUGGGCAAUGACAACAAAACCUGCAUUCCUGUAGUCAAGUUCCUGUGUGGUAAGCUUCAGAGAAAUCAUGAAGCCAGUCGAGAGAAAGUCACAGGAACCACAGCAAGUCCAGAUGCUCAUCCUGAAAAUGAGGAAGCCACCGAGGCCCCGAGCAGCCACCCAGAGGUCACCGGGGAGGCUGGCAGUUUACCCAGCGCGUCCCCAUGGCAGGCUGUUCUACUAGUAGAUGAGUACAAUGAAUAGUUUUGUGGGGGGACAAUUCUGAACGGGUAUUUUAAACUUUGGUCCCUUCUUUUAUUGAGAUGCAGUGUAGACUUGUUGGUAUUGUCUUAUGAACAACUGCUUUAAUAAUCUGACACUGGGAUGGUGGACAAAGAAAAGGAAGAGCCAAGUAGAGCCACGCGCAGAGUGGAAAAAAUAAUUGCACAUGCUGAAUUUGGUACAGAAACUUUCAACAGUGACAUAGCCCUUCUCAAAUUAGAGGAACCUAUCACAUUUUCUGAGGAUGUUGUCCCAGCAUGCCUUCCAGAAGAAGACUUUGCUAACAAUGAUGUUCUGAUGAACCAAACAUUUGGAAUUGUCAGUGGCUUUGGAAACACAUUUGAAUGUGCGCGGCGGGUCAAAAGAAUGAAAGUGCUUCAAAACCUUUUUGUGGACAGGGACACUUGCAAGCUCGCCCUUCGUAGCCCGGUCAAGGAAAACGUGUUCUGUGCUGGUUGUGAUAAAGAUGGAAAAGAUGUCUGCCAAGGAGAUGGAGGAGGCCCCCAUGUAACCAAAUACAAUGGCACUUAUUUUGUUACUGGUAUCAUCUGGGGAGAAGGGUGUGGAAGGCGAGGGAAAUACGGAGUAUACACCAACUUGUCAAAGUUCCUACCCUGGCAAAGGAGUGUUUUGACAGAAAACUCUUAA